AUGAAAUUUGAAAUCAAUAAUCUUAUAUCUAUAGGUCUUCGUUCCUUUGCCUCUUCAGCUUCUUCUAUAACUGAGACCUUUCACGCACCACCUAAUGCCAAUGGUAAUUACCUAGUGACACUUAUUCCUGGUGACGGCAUUGGGCCCGAAAUAUCGGAAUCUGUAAAGCGGAUAUACAGUGCUGCUGAAGUACCUAUCGAAUGGGAGGCAGUAAAUGUCACACCUGUAAUUAAGAAGGGCAAGACGGUAAUCCCUGAUGAAGCAUUGAAUUCUGUAAAGAAAAAUACGGUAGCAUUAAAAGGUCCUUUAGCUACACCUAUUGGGAAAGGUCAUGGUGAAUAUUCUGGAAUUGAGCAUACAGUCGUCGACGGUGUCGUUCAAUCAAUCAAAUUAAUUACUAAAGAUGCAUCCGAACGAUGUGCUCGUUACGCCUUUACAUAUUCAAAAGAUAUUGGUCGUAAUCGUGUCACUGCCAUACACAAAGCUAAUAUCAUGAAAUUAUCGGAUGGCUUGUUUUUGGAUGUUUGUCAAGAAGUAGCAAAAGACUUUCCAGACAUCAAGUUCGAAGAUAUGUUAUUGGACCGUGCGUGUCUCCAUAUAGUCCAAGAUCCUGCCCGCUUUUCUGACACAGUGAUGGUUAUGCCUAAUCUUUAUGGUGAUAUCUUAUCAGAUAUGUGUGCUGGAUUAAUUGGUGGACUGGGGCUGACUCCUUCAGGAAAUAUUGGCAAAGAUGCUUCUAUUUUUGAGGCUGUUCAUGGAACGGCGCCUGAUAUCGCAGGAAAAGACCUCGCAAAUCCCACGGCCCUCCUCCUCUCUUCAAUAAUGAUGCUUCGUCACAUGCGUCUAUAUACAUACGCUGAUAGAAUUGAAACGGCUGUCCUCAGCACUAUUGCUGAAGGCAAGUGCCUUACGCGUGAUCUUGGUGGCUCCGCCACAAAUACUGAAUUCACCAACCAUAUCAUCACUAAAUUGAAGUAG